CCGUAACGUUUUGAUGUUUUAUUUUCAAUGCUAAUUCCAAUCCGAUAAGUUUUUUUCACACUUCGCGAAAAUUGAAAAUAGUGGAUUCUUGCUAAUAAACGUGGGAAUCGAUGCAGCAGCAGAUCUAAUACAUUUCUCAUGUUAAUAAGAUCAUAGAAUUAAUCAUUGAAAGUAUAAAAAUCGAAAAUCGAAGAUAAAAAUUGAAAAUCAAGUUUAUUUCUAAAUGUUUCAUCGAACAAAUAUAAAUAUAAUAUAUAAGCCUAGAAUUAACUACAAUAUGAGUUGCAAUCUAUCGACAGUAUAUCUCUGUCACCAGUUUCUAUUAUGAACCGGAAGGGUGCGGCUGUGUAGUUACGAUUCCUUCAGGUUAGAAAUGGUUAAUCAGGUAAAUUCAAUGUUGUUAAUUGCAAUAGACAAACCGACGUAUAUCUAAUGCCGGGAGUUACUAAAAAUGUUAAUAAUAAACCUUUUAAUGAUUAAAAUGAUCGUUAAACUUUGAGCGACAAAGGUAUACCGUUAUGGAUUUGCUGGACUGAAUAUUAUAAAUGAACUUCAUGUAUCAUGAAUAAGGCAUAAAAGAAUCGUUAAGUGCCUCCACGUCUCCACUUAGAAGCAGGUGCAUGCAGUGGCAAGAUAUAUUUUCAUAAAGGCUGAAAAACGAUCCCACGGGUACUCGCCCACGAGACUCUUGGAACACAAUCCCAAUCGAACCCUAAUCCAACCAAGAUCGGGGAAGGAAAAGGGUUAUCCGUGUUAGUGCGCGUGUCCAAGGGCGUCGCCACUCGCGCCACUUCGUAGGGCGGCGCACAGGGACGCGGUAGUCGCGGUGUGGACGCGACCCAGUGCUCGUGUUCAUCGUUGGAGGAUUGUUGCCGAGAAGAUGAGCCUGGCGCGCCGGGAACCGAAUUAUGAUACAUGUGUCGUCGGAGAACACUCAACGAUACGAUCGUGUAAAACGGAAGGGCGCAGCGUUUCUUUCAAACUUUUUUAAAUCGAAAAAGCUGACGUUAGGUAUGAAGAUCAACGAGGACGAAGAGAUGGAACGUGCUCCGAAAGUCGAGACACCUGCGAUCAUCACAAACGCCUGCAGACGUAGUGGCAGCGAAAAUGACAACCAAGUAUCAAGGAUUCCGUCGACAUUGAGCGUAGCAGCCGUCGAUGUUGUCGUUGCUUGUCAACCAUCACCGUCGCAUUCCAUUUUAACCUUGACACCUGGUAGAACACGAAACAUCGAUCAGGAUAUGGAGGCGCUUAGGCUAAGUCGACAGGAUAAUCCUUUCCUACAGGUAUUGGCGAGCCGCGAAAGUUUAGUGGAAUCGUUGGAGGAGUCCGAGUCCGAUGACGCCAUCCUGAUGUCUCAGGAAUUGGGUGACACCGACCCUUUAACUUUAGCCCAAGUGCAUGAGCAUUUGGUCAGAAGUCCACCGCCCGCAUCGUGGCCUCAUAGUACGACUUUUCAUUUCCCCCAUCAGAAUCAAACUACAUCUGGGAAGAACGAUGUGUUGGCGCAUUAUAAAAGCCCUUCGAAGACGACUUCGUGUCGCAGCAACGAUCACGAACUGUCCAAAAGUGAGCCAUCCACGGAUAUUAGAGAUCGCCACUCGCACACAUUCUCGUUGUUACAUCCAACGCCGAUUCGUUCAUUAUCAGACGUUCGACGACUUCAUAGAUCGGCAGAUGACAGCGUACAACUGAUGUCGAGUGAAUAAGAUGCAAAUAUGUCACGAUCCGCGGCCGGAUCGAAAUGGUUUUUCACGUUCAGAACGCGAAGCGUGCUUUGUUGGUGCUAAAAUACCUAUAAAAGUUCCCAAAUUGUUUCAGAAAAGUGUGUCCACGUUGAAAGGAUACUUAAAAACUCCUCGCCAAAUUUACGUAUGAUCGCGAUUCAUCGAAACAAUUUCUCGAGUUGCAAAUCUCGAAAAGAAAUAAUUUUUCGAAGAAUCAUAUAGAAAUUGAUAAACAGAUUGAUUUGAUAAUGAAGAGGAUAUUUCACAUUUGAGUUGUUAAUGUGAAAAAAAUUUCGAAUGUUUCGUGUUUUAAAAGUCGUGAAGUGUAUUUACGAAAAGUAUACGACUUGAAAAAGAUUUGUAGAUUAUCUUAUGUUACUUUUCAAAUAGUUUGAAUGUUCUUUGUUUCAGA